GAGGCCAAACAGAAGGACGUGGUCACUCUGAACGGUUCAACCCAAGGGACAACAUGCAGUGGGCCUCCAUCCUGCUGCUGGCCGGGCUCUGCUCGCUUUCCCAGGGCCAGUAUGAAGAAGACUCUCACUGGUGGCUCCAAUACCUCCGAAACCAGCAGUCCACCUACUACGACCCCUACGACACUUACCCCUACGAGACCUCCGACCCUUACCCCUAUGAAGUAGAGGAGGGCCCAGCCUAUGCCUAUGGUGCCCCACCUCCACCAGAGCCCCGUGAUUGUCCCCAAGAAUGCGACUGUCCCCCCAACUUCCCCACAGCCAUGUACUGUGACAACCGCAACCUCAAGUACCUGCCCUUUGUGCCCUCCCGCAUGAAGUACGUCUACUUCCAGAACAACCAGAUCGCUGCCAUCCAGGAAGGUGUCUUUGACAAUGCCACCGGCCUCCUCUGGAUUGCUCUGCAUGGCAACCAGAUUACCAGUGACAAGAUAGGCAGGAAGGUCUUCUCCAAGCUGAGGCACUUGGAGAGGCUGUACCUGGACCACAACAACCUGACCCGGAUGCCCGGACCACUGCCUCGGUCCCUGAGAGAGCUCCACCUGGACCACAACCAGAUCUCUCGGGUCCCCAACAACGCUCUGGAGGGCCUGGAGAACCUCACAGCAUUAUAUCUCCAUCACAAUGAGAUCCAAGAAGUGGGAAGUUCCAUGAGGGGCCUCCGGUCCCUGAUCCUACUAGACCUGAGUUAUAACCACCUUCGAAGGGUUCCCGACGGUCUGCCCUCAGCCCUGGAGCAGCUGUACCUAGAACACAACAACGUCUACACCGUCCCUGACAGCUACUUCCGGGGCUCACCCAAGCUGCUGUAUGUCCGGCUGUCUCACAACAGUCUCACUAACAAUGGCCUUGCUACCAACACCUUCAAUUCCAGCAGCCUUCUGGAGCUAGACUUGUCCUACAACCAGCUGCAGAAGAUCCCUCCCGUCAACACCAACCUGGAGAAUCUUUACCUCCAAGGCAACAGGAUCAAUGAGUUCUCCAUCAGCAGUUUCUGCACGGUGGUGGACGUCAUGAACUUCUCCAAGCUGCAGGUGCUACGCCUGGAUGGGAACGAGAUCAAGCGCAGCGCUAUGCCGGUGGACGCCCCACUCUGCCUGCGCCUUGCCAGCCUCAUCGAGAUCUGAGGGGCUUCGCCUUGGGCUCGGGGCUCCGCCUUGGACUCCGGGCUCCGCCUUGGGAUCGGAGAUCGGGGCUCAGGGCUCCGGGCUCCGGGCUCCGGGCACUGGACUCCGGGCUCCAGGCAUCGGGUACCGGGCACCGGGGUCCCGGCAUAUGCCCUGCCACCUGCUACACUCAGCUUGAAGGUCUGGUUUGGCUUUUGCUGGAUGGUCUGGGACAAGCACGUGACAGAAGUCCACAGGAUCUUAUUCAGUCUCCUUCCGAUAGGCAAAGUUAGGUGGGAUCAGGGGCCAGGCCAGUUUCUGCAGGGGAUGAAAGUGGUGGUAAAAGAAAUGGCCGCAGAGUCUAGCCCCCAAAUCUUACUAUCCCUCAACCCUUCCCCAUGACCUAGUCUGGCAGACCAUCCCCUUGCUUGGAUAAUAGCAUAUAACCAGACAAUCUGACUUCAGCUGUGCUCACUCAAUGGCUUGGCCAGUUGCUUCUGCAGUCGCUCUGGGCUCCUACUCCUUGCUCCUCAAAACAUCAAAACGUACUUCCUGCCCAGCCACUUCCUCUAGGCCCAGCUCAUCCCCUCUGCCCUCUUUCAUUGAGGCCUCUUCUAAGGUCUUAGACAAUCAGGAGACACCCACACCCCAAGGUUGGUGGGGAGCUGUCCAACAACCUGUGGAGGAAGACCACACAUUAUUAUCUGAGGUUAAAAGGAUAUCUAAAACCAUCACACACACACACACACACACACACACACACACACACACACACAACGUCACCUGUUUAAAGUCAGCGUAUUGAACAGUAUAAUGGUGACUGAUAGUCAUGACUUAAUUACAAGGGGAUAACCAGCCCUAUAAUGGAGGAUCCAUCAGAGGAGAGAAGGGUCAAAUGCUCAUUUUUAGGAUCCACAAUAAGAUGGGGAAGAGUCACACCUCAGAAUGGCAGGACUGAAGGGGCAGCCCCCCUUCCAGCUUCACCUGACCAACAUGAUCUGUGCCCCUUCUUGGGCUUUUAGUAUCAAAGGGGCCAGUGUGGUUUCCAAACCAUGAGAAAGAGCCUCUGCCCAUCCUUGGAUCCAGGUAUGGAGGUUUGUUACACAGAGGCAGAGGCAGACUGUGCCAGCCGUGGACCCACCCACUAACCCAGACAAGGGUGUGAUCUCCAUAACUGGUUUGUCCCUAAAGCUAGAGUUUAAGGUACCAGCUCUUCUGGAGAUGGUCACUGGGGUACAGGAAGCCCUAGCCAGGCCCAAGGCUUACCUACACUAGACAUAGUUUCCUCUGCUUCCACACUGUGGGACCACACCUUAUACUGAUGGUGCCUGUGACGUGUAGCUUGUCUGAGAGCAACCCUGUCUUCUCCUUUUUAAAGGUGAUGUUGCCUAGGUACAGCCAUCGGGUUCUCUAGACUCACUGGGAAAGAGCCACGGGUAGCCAGUGGCAAGAACCAGUUGUGAGAUGUUAGCCUGAGGUAGGUCCCUUCCCAGAUGCCUUAGACCCAUGACUCUGUGUGCACUUAGGAGCAAGCUUCCCUGAAAAGGACAGGGUGGGGUGGGGUGCUUAGACUGUGCCAUGGGUUCCAGAUCCUGAAAUCCACAAAAGCCAAACCAGCUUGUUUGAACCAGGGAGUGCCACAUGUGGAGCAAGGCUGCCCUGCCCAGAGCUCUUGAGAAGCACCUGCAUGCAGAUACCAUCUGGCCUCUAUAAAGGGUCCUCAGCAAGAAGCAAGCAUGAGUGGUGGCCAACCUGACCAAUAAAGUUAUUUUAUAAGUGCA